GUGGAAAGAAAUGUGCCCGAGCCCAAGAGUACUCGUACAGCGUCUGCCUCCUACAAUCCGAGAUUCGCCAUAGUGCGCAGUAAAUCCCCAGGGCUCUCAACGUACAAGUAGCGGAAGUGCACGUACUGAACCUAGGGAGUAAAGUCAUCGACAACAAGGUGGCAGCCAUGCCGUCCAAGUUCAAAAAGAGCAGCACCUCAAAUGGGCCACGAGUCCUGUACUGGUUCCGGACAGAUCUACGACUGCACGACUCACCGGCGUUGAUGCACGCGCUGUCCUUGAAUCCAUCGCACCUCAUCCCACUGUGGACAUGGGAUCCACACUACGUAUACCGCCAGCGCGGGUCAGCUAAUCGCUGGGGCUUCCUGGUCGCCAGCAUGGCCGAUGUGUCGGCGUCACUGACGCAACUCAAUUCAAAGCAGAAGUUGCAUGUUGUGCGGCGCGCCCCGGGCAAGAUCAUUGCUCCGUUGCUGAAGAAGUGGAAGAUCGAUGUGCUGGUGUUUGAGCGCGAUACUGACGCGUAUGCGCGAAUGCGGGACGAUGAAGUCACAUCUAUCGCGGAGGGACUCGGCGUCAAGGUCGUCAGUGUGACUGGGCGGACGCUGUUCGAUUGCGACGAGGUGGUCAGGCAGAAUGGUGGGAGGCCUACCAUGAGUAUGGGCCAGUUGCUCAAAGCCACAGGGAAGAUGGGCGACGGGACGCCGAAUAAGCCGCUGGACAGGCCGACGAGCUUGCCGGAUCCGUUGGACGAGGAGGAGAUGGAUUUGUCGGAAUUGGAAGGUGAUGUGGGGUCGAACGGCGAGCAGGAGCCAAAAUUCGCGGGCGCCGAGCAAAACGAUUUCAAUGCCGUGCAGAGGACGAUGGGGGAGGAGAAGAACACGCAGUUCUCGUGUGGGUUGAUGGGACCGGGGAAGUCAUUCUCAGUGCCGACGCUGGAAGAAAUGGGGAUCGAUCCGGAGGAUGUGACGACGCCACAUAAGGGUGGAGAGGCGGUUGGUCUGGCUGUUCUAGCCAAGUACAUUGCCAAUGAGGAGUAUAUUGGGACGUUCGAGAAGCCCGCAACUGCGCCAACAGAUUUCGAGCCACAAGCCACGACGCUGUUAUCGCCACACAUGCACUUUGGAAGUGUUUCGGUACGCAAGUACUGGUGGGAGGUUCAGGACGUGCUUGAGAAGCGAAGAAAGGCGAAGAAACACAACAGCAAUCAUCCUGUGAAUCUGCCCGGACAAUUGCUCUUUCGUGACAUGUACUUCGCGGCACAUGCGAAGGUUGGAGUUCCGUUCGGUCAAGCCAUUGGCAAUCCUGUGGCGAGGUUCAUCCCCUGGCAUCUGCAGUCGAAAUACACCGUGGACGAGCACGGCAAGCCUUUUUCAGACGGAACGUAUCUGGUCGAUGACGCUCAGGCGGAGGAGUACUUUCGGAGAUGGAAGGAGGGACGAACAGGCUUCCCCUGGAUCGACGCCCUGAUGCGACAGCUCAAACAGGAAGGAUGGAUUCACCAUCUUGGAAGACAUGCUGUGGCGUGCUUCCUGACUCGUGGUGGAUGUUAUGUGUCCUGGGAGCGUGGCGCCGAGGUGUUUGAAGAAUGGCUGAUCGACCAUGAGAUUGCUUGCAAUGCGGGUAAUUGGAUGUGGUUGUCGUGUGCAGCCUUCUUUUCGCAAUUUUACCGAUGUUACUCACCUGUGGCUUUCCCUAAAAAGUGGGAUCCUGAAGGAAAGUUCGUCAGGAAGUACGUUCCCGAGCUGGAAAUGUUCGACAAGAAGUAUAUUUAUGAGCCGCACAAGGCCCCCAUUGCUGAUCAGAAGGCUUGGGGAUGUGUGAUCAAAGGAGAUGGGACGGAACGAGCAAACCAGGAGAUGAGACUCUAUCCGAAACCCAUGUUUGAUUUCAACGAACGGAGGGAUUUUUGCAUCAACAAAUUGAAGGAAGCUUAUGGAGUUGGACUGUAUGGCGAUGAUGAGAAGGUGCUAAGCGGUGAGUGGAAGAAGCUGUUUAAUUAUGACGAUGGAAGUGGUGAUAGGCGAGAAGAAGCGAAUGGUGUGUUGGAGCGAGGUGUCAAGAGACAAAGAAACUCCGAUGACGACAAUGGACCUCAGGACCGUGAAGAUGGUACAGGAGAGCACGCCGCACCUGGCGACGACACUGAUAGGAAAGAAGGCAGGCUAAAGGUUGUAAAGAGGCAACCUGUGGGCAGGAAGAAGAAACAGGCUACACUUGAGAUGAUGGUAUCAAGGUAGUAGUAGAAAAGUCUUACCAUUAGAAAGUGAUACCCAGGGCAGAAAACAUCUUCCAUUGUGUUUCUGCAUUCGGUUUGGGACAGUUCGAGUAACUUGACUGUUCUGAAUGUGCGGUAGGACACGUUCAGAAU